GAGGUCCCCCUCCCCCCCCCUCCACCCCCGGCCGGUAUGCCAUAGCCACGCCCACUAGGAUAGCCUACCCGUAGGCAGUAUUCGGUUUUGAUUAGACACAACAGCGAAGUAAUCAUAGGCCGUCGUUAGUCGAGAUUGGUCAGCCAAAAUCCGACAGCUAGGUAGAUGCUGUCAUCUCGAUGCCAAGAGACGCCCACGUGGAAUUGAUUUCUAACACCUAUCUGCCGGGUCGUGAGAUCCUACAUGGGUAGGUAGGUAAUGUUAUCGGAACUCGUAUUAUUGCUUGUCAUCCCCCCCGUUCCGCCAGGCCGUUGCUUGCCUCUCCGAUUUUACAACUCGGUAUCCGCUACCCAAGCAAAUGUCGGCAAACUCCUGUCGGCUAGCCGUUCGCUGCCUGUAUACCCAGGCUUCUCGCAGCAAUAUCUCAAAUGCAAACAGUCCCUUCCUUUGCUGAAACCAGCUCCGUGUCCAACCACCAUCAGAUCGAACGACACCUCGUAUACCGCAUCUUGCCGUCCAGCAGCCUAUGUGCCGAGCCAUCAUAACCGUUCGCUGCGCAAGUCGCCCGGUACAAAAGGCUUAUCCGCGGCUAUUCCUGCCCUUCGCGCUUACACUUCCGCAUACAACGGUUCGGAUCCCGGGCCCCGUACGAACAAACCAGUUAAGGUCCGGAGACUGAGAGCAGUUUCAUCGACACCAGCAAGAGCCCACAGGCGGAGAGGAGCGGGUUCGUCUCGCGACGACGGAGGGGGGAGUAGUCGAAAUACAAACCCAAGCCCCUCCAUAGAAUACAUGUCUUAACGCCAGACGGCUAUUACCAUUAAAAAGCUGACCAUUGCGCCGACCGGGAUCGUAACCCGGCACACCGGGACGGUUCGGCGUCACUACACCUCUGCCCCGGUUGCAACUCGGUAUUUUGACGUAGGUGGCGUACGGACUGGCGCUCGAAUCGUUGGACAGGUUGCCUGACGUUGGUAGGUUCGGUAGACACUCGAAUCGCGUACUGUGCCCAUUUCGCAUCUGGAAGGCAGA